UCGGCUCUUUAGUACCCAGUUUGACGGUCUGCGUGCGUCCUCGGAGAGGAAGAGCUGCUGUAAUUGGUUUCUCAAUGAAGGAUCAUCAGCAGCUCCCCGGAGGCUCGGUGGACUGUAGCGAAGCGCUGCUCGAUCAACCGUCGGCUCCCCGGCUUUAAACACCGCUUUGCUCCUUUCUUCUGCAAUACAAACACGUGGACGGAGGAUUCUCGGAGCAUCAUCUUACUUAUCGUAUUUAGAGGGGGAUUUGUGUCCGUUUUCACAACCUGUGCGAGUGCUGGGAGUUCAUUGUUUUUGUCCGUAUCGCGGAGAAUCGCGGCAAAGUUUAACGCCGAUUUAAACAUGAGUGACCUGGAGGACGACUUUGCCAAGAUCCUACUUCUAAAGGAGGAGAGGAUACGGGACUUGGAGAGGCGUCUGGCGGACAGGGAAGACGAGAUUCAAGAACUCAAGAGAAAAUUACACAAAUGUCAGUCUGUUUUGCCCAGCGCUCAACUUAUUGGACCGAGGACCCGCAGGGCACAGGGCAUCUCCGCGGAGCCUCAGACACACCAGGACCUGGCAAGGCAGGCGUUUCGGAAAUAUGCCAAGUCCGACUGGUCCAAGGAUCUGAUCAAGGAGGCCAUCUUGGACAAUGACUUCAUGAAGAACCUGGAGCUGUCGCAGAUCCAAGAGAUCGUGGACUGCAUGUACCCUGUGGAGUAUGGAAAGGACAGCUGUAUCAUUAAGGAAGGCGAUGUGGGCUCACUGGUUUAUGUCAUGGAAGACGGGAAGGUGGAGGUGACGAAGGAGAGCCUGAAGCUCUGCACCAUGGGGCCAGGAAAGGUGUUUGGAGAGCUGGCUAUUCUCUACAACUGCACCAGGACUGCCACUGUCAAGACUCUAACAAAUGUGAAGCUGUGGGCCAUUGACCGACAAUGUUUUCAGACGAUCAUGAUGAGGACAGGUCUCAUCAAGCACACAGAGUAUAUGGAGUUUCUGAAAAGCGUUCCCACAUUCCACGACCUGCAGGAAGAUAUUCUGAGCAAGCUUGCUGAUGUCCUUGAGGAGACACAUUAUGGAGAUGGAGAGUACAUCAUCAGACAGGGGGCUAGAGGAGACACCUUCUUCAUCAUCAGUAAGGGAAAGGUUAAUGUGACCAGGGAAGACUUGCCCAACGGAGAGCCUGUCUACUUGCGCAGCCUCGGAAAAGGGGACUGGUUUGGAGAGAAAGCGCUGCAAGGGGAGGACAUCAGGACGGCCAACGUCAUUGCAGCAGAUGCAGUCACCUGUCUAGUCAUCGAUAGAGAUUCAUUCAAGCACCUGAUUGGAGGUUUGGAGGAUGUGUCCAGUAAAGGCCAUGAGGAUGCUGAUGCCAAAGCCAAGUAUGAAGCAGAGAAUGCGUUUUUCUUUAAUCUCAACCUGGCUGACUUUAACAUCAUUGACACUCUGGGAGUUGGUGGCUUUGGUCGUGUUGAGCUGGUUCAGCUCAAGAGCGAUGAGAACAAAACCUUUGCCAUGAAGAUCCUGAAGAAGCGACACAUUGUCGACACAAGACAGCAGGAGCACAUUCGUUCAGAGAAACUCAUUAUGCAGGAGGCCCACUCUGACUUCAUUGUUAGACUCUAUAGAACAUUCAAGGACAGCAAGUACCUCUACAUGUUGAUGGAGGCUUGUUUAGGAGGAGAGCUGUGGACCAUUCUUCGCGACCGGGGUUCAUUUGAGGACUCAACCACCAGGUUUUACACAGCGUGUGUGGUGGAGGCCUUCGCCUACCUGCAUUCCAAAGGAAUCAUCUACAGAGACCUCAAACCAGAGAACCUUAUAUUGGACCACAGGGGCUAUGCCAAACUGGUUGACUUUGGCUUUGCCAAGAAGAUCGGGUUUGGGAAGAAGACGUGGACCUUCUGUGGGACGCCGGAGUAUGUAGCACCAGAGAUCAUUCUGAACAAGGGCCACGACAUCUCAGCCGACUACUGGUCUCUAGGAAUCCUCAUGUUUGAGCUCUUAACUGGCAGCCCUCCAUUCUCUGGCCCUGAUCCUAUGAAAACCUACAACAUCAUCCUGAGAGGCAUUGACAUGAUCGAAUUUCCAAAGAAAAUUACCAAAAAUGCUGCCAACCUAAUUAAAAAGCUAUGCAGGGAUAAUCCUUCUGAACGACUGGGAAACUUGAAAAAUGGUGUCAAAGACAUCCAAAAGCACAAAUGGUUUGAGGGCUUUAACUGGGAGGGCUUGAAGAAGGGGACAUUGACGCCUCCUAUUAUCCCUAAUGUUACAUCAGCAAUCGACACGAGUAACUUCGACAACUUCCCUGAGGACAACGAGGACCCGCCUCCUGAUGACAACUCCGGCUGGGACGUUGAUUUCUGAAGUCCUCCUCUCAACUUAAAACCAAAAGAAACUCUUCUUUUGUUGGCAUGGAGGCCAUCUUGAGGACAUGGCUGUGUUGUAAAAAAAAAAAAAAAAAAAAAAAACUGCUUAAAAAAGAAAGAGAAGAUAUGGAAAAGAAGAUAAACGGAUGGAUGGCAAAACCCUCUGGGUCACCGAUAUGCCUUUAUUUCACUGUGGCUCUGGAUCAAGCAUUUAUAAUGGGACUGCUGUAGCACUUCUUGUCUUACACUCGGCUCUAAAAGCAAAGGCAAGGAAAGUGCAUGGAUACACAAAUACAUACACAAAACAACAGAGGCUAAUUAUGGAGCCAGGUUUUCCCAUGUAACAGGGAAAGGUGUUUGGUGGGUGGAUGAAUGUUCCAUAGAUUGUCUAUCGUUUGUUUUGGUUCUAGAAUAAGUAAGAGUGUGAAACAUGUGGCCUGUUAAAAAAGAGAGGAGGCUGAUGAUUGAGUUUAUUUCUGUGUUUGUUUCUCCGCAAUAUUUGGUGAAAUGUUUGGAGGACUUUGGGAGGGUUUAAGAUGUUACUGCAGUUGCUCCCUGGUUUUUGACAUGCAGCUGCUUGCUGCAAUCUCUGAUAGUUUCCAGAGAUCUACACACUACAGUUUGCAAGUAAAACUGGUAUCAAGUGCUCAAGACUAACCUGAAUGUCACUGUCUCAUUUUCUUCUUAUUUAACAUCCAUAUGGCACACAGCAUGUACGGUACAUAGUAUUUGAAUUUACAUUCUCACACAUUCUCACAACCAGGCUAAAAGCAAAUACUUAGUACCCUUUACAUAAGAUUAACCUACCUUGAAAAGCACAAACACUUCAUUCAGUGGAAAGUGAUGUGACUCUUAAAAGGGCCCUGCUUUCAAUGUAAUAAAUCACCCACCGACACACAUGAAAUGUCAGCUAGUAUUUCCAUGAAGCAAAUGUGUCAUGCACUUAAGACCAUGAACUGAGAAAAUCAGCAGUUACAGCUCAUUUUAAGCUUCAGUAGAUUAAGUCACACUCUUUUUUUGUUCCUUAAUAUGCUUUUAAUUAUGCAUAUGAAUGGUUCUCUACCUACAUACUUCUUAAAUUUGUUUUUAAAUCACCCAAAUGCCUCAUCCUCAGUUCGCCCCUGUGUAGUUCUGACAUAACUGUGAACAUGGUUUCAAUGUCUUUGGUGCUGUUAUUGAUAAAUUAUAAUAAGCAGUGGUGAGAUGACAGUACUGGUUAUUGUUUUUGUAAAGUGAUUUUUUUUUUAUUCGUUUUCUUUGUAUCGUACUUGACUUCCUUAUUUAGAAAAUUGGAGACUUGUGUCAAUUUGUAAUCUUGAGUGAAGAUUUGUUUGAUAUCACUUGACACCAUUUUGCAUUGUGCUAAGUUGUAUUCUCAAGGUUUUCAAACACAUUAAGUUUAUCCAUAUAAACUAACCAUCCUCUUCUUUGGAGGCAAAAUUGAUCAAAUCCACAUUAUCUUAAGACAAUCUUGACUUACCUUCAUCUUAUGGAUAUUUUAAAACGUCUCCCAGAGACUAACAGCGACAAAGGAGAUUAUAUUGUGUGGAACUCACAACUUUUACCACUAGCGCCAUGAUUUUUCACGUAGCUCAUCACCUCUCUCAUGUCCAACAAUCAGAGCAGAAAAUCUAAAGAAAUGUAAGUGCCUUAAAUCAAUGGCAUACAAAUUUAACAUCACAAGUCCCUUUUCGAUGCUGCAUGAACACAUAUACACCUCAAAACGUGUGUCCUCUUAGAUGGCUGCACCUCAUCCUUUGUUAUAUCUAAUAAAUACAUUAAUCACCAUGGAAA